AUGCCUAAUAGAGGUCCUACCUUGAUCAACCUCCCUCCUCCUCCCGCAGAUCCGACCACUCCUAGCGAGAUGGGCCCCGGCACCCCUAAUUCUACGACCACCUCGCUCUCGGCAUUGUCGGUAGUCGCAAUCAAGGAUGGCGCAGUUGGUCACGGUGGAAGAGGUGCCGCGGCCUCCGCAAAUACACUUGAGGCUGAACGUGCCGACCGUAUAUCGCGCCUCGCGGGCCUCGAGCGAGUGGCCACAACUCGGCCGACGCCUCUGGGGCACCUCGCGGCCGGAUCCGGUGCGGCGUACGGUCCCGGUAUUGACAAUGUGCCCCAGUUCAGGGAGAGAAGCACUGUCGGCAGCGCAAGUGCAACAGGAAGUGUGGGCGGCAGAACAACAUGGGCGAGUGGGAGCAUCGACUACGACGUCGAUAAGAUGAGCGAAGAUCAAGACGAUGGAGUCUCCAGCGCAGGUGGCUUCAGUGAUGAGGAUAAAGCUAGCCUGGUUGGAUUUGGUGAAGGAGCAGGUAGCACAGUCAGUGGUCCUGUGUCCACGCCUUACAAUACCAGAGCUUCUGUCUCCCGACAAAGCACAAACGUCAAUGCGCCUUUGACCCCACGAACAGGCAUGAUCCCGGGUUUAGCAUCGGGUCAAAGCACACCUAUGAGUGGAAUCAUACCCAGUGCCGGUGCUGGCAGCACAGAUCCGAAGAUGAUGGACGGGAUGAGUUACGACCAGAACUUCGUUGAUACGACGAUGCAGCCUGCUCCUUUGGUUGAUCAUCUUCCUCCGGGAAGCCGGCUCUCAGGCUUUGGUACUGAAAUGGCAGAAGGAAUCUUGCGCGAUAGAUUGAAUGAUGUCGGCCAGCCUCAACAUCCAAUAGGGACGGCCGAAGGCCAGACACUGGGCAAGUUUCCGUUUGAGAAGGAAUAA